AUGAGUCAGAACAAGCGACCAGCAUCGCCUACCGAUUCCGCGAAGGAUGAGGAUGAGCGACAAUAUGGCGCAGGACCCUUGACACUGGAGGAGCUGGAGGAAAAAUACCCGAACCGUCCCCGCAACCACUCUAAGACACUACUCUUCUCCGAGCUCUAUCGCUCGCUCUUCAACCCCCUCAACGAGAAUAAGGCACAGCCCUCUGGCCCGCGGGUCGCACGCAAGAAAGUCGGCCCUCAUGGACCAUCCAAGCUCAGCCCACACGAGCAACGCCGCGCCAUCAUCCAGCGCUUCAUCUCACGAUGGCGUGCCGAGGUUGGCAGCGACUUCUACCCAGCCCUACGACUAAUCUUGCCUGACAAGGACCGCGACCGUGGCGUCUAUGGCCUGAAGGAGAAUACUAUUGGUAAGCUUCUCGUCAAGCUCAUGAAGAUCGACAAGAACUCCGAGGACGGCUACAAUCUCCUCCACUGGAAGCUGCCGGGACAGACCACAGCGAGCCGCAUGGCGGGCGACUUUGCCGGCCGCUGCUUCGAGGUGCUGAGCAAGCGUCAGAUGCGUACGGAGCCCGGUAACAUGCGCAUCGCCGAGGUCAACGAGCUGCUGGACAAGCUUGCGGGCGCGAGUGGCGAGGCCGAGCAACUGCCCAUCUUCGAUAUCUUCUACAAGCGCAUGAAUGCCGAGGAGCUUAUGUGGCUCAUCCGCAUUGUGCUCAAGCAGAUGAAGGUCGGUGCCACUGAGCGUACCUUCCUUGACCUUUGGCAUCAUGAUGGUGAGGCGCUGUUCAGCGUCAGCAGCAGCUUGCGCCGUGUUUGCUGGGAACUGCACGACCCGGAAUUUCGUCUGGAGGAAGACGAGUCUGGGAUCAACCUUAUGCAGUGCUUUCAGCCACAGCUGGCGCAGUUCCAGAUGCCCGAGAGCUUCCAGAAGAUGGUCACUCACCUGGGUGCGACGGAGGAGAACCCCGAAUUCUGGAUCGAGGAGAAGCUUGACGGCGAGCGAAUGCAGAUGCACAUGAUGGAGGAUGAGGAGACGCCUGGAGGCGUCAAAUUCUGCUUCUGGUCACGAAAGGCGAAGGAUUACACAUAUCUCUACGGCAAUGGCUUUGAGGAUGACAACUCGGCGCUCACACGACACCUUAAGGAGGCGUUUUCUGACCGGACUAAGAACUGUAUUCUCGACGGAGAGAUGAUCACCUGGGACCCGAAGACCGACAAAAUCGUCCCGUUUGGUACACUCAAGACUGCGGCCCUGUCAGGGCAGAAGAACCCCUUCGAUGACUCAAGCGAACGUCCUGUGUACCGCGUCUUCGACAUCCUGUACCUCAACGACAAGCCCCUCACCAAAUACACACUGCGAGAUCGACAUCGUGCUCUUGAGACGGCCGUCCCAGGUGUUCCUGGUCGGCUAGAGAUCCACCCUCAUAUCGCGGCAACUUCCCCGGACGCGAUCGAACCCCAGCUUCGCAAGAUUGUCGCGGAAGCGUCAGAGGGCCUCGUAUUGAAGAACCCCAAGUCCAUGUACCGGCUCAACAGUCGCAACAAUGACUGGAUCAAGGUCAAGCCAGAGUACAUGUCCGAGUUUGGCGAAUCGCUUGACUGUGUUGUUAUCGGCGGUUAUUUCGGCUCUGGCCGUCGUGGUGGCAAUCUGUCUAGUUUUCUUUGUGGGCUGAGAGCUAGUGAGAACUACAUCAAAGCUGGCGUGAACCCUGAGAAGUGCUGGAGCUUCUUUAAGGUCGGCGGUGGGUUCAAGGCGGAGGACUAUGCUGAGAUUCGGCACCGCACCGAAGGAAAGUGGAUCGACUGGGAUGCGAACAAUCCUCCCUCCGAGUACGUCGAGCUUGGCGGCGGCGAGAAGCUGCAGUAUGAGCGGCCAGACGUCUGGAUCAGGCCGAAGGACAGCAUCGUCAUCUCCGUGAAAGCCGCCAGCAUUGGACAGUCUGAUUCGUUCGCUAUUGGCGAGACGCUGCGCUUUCCUCGCUUCCGACGACUGCGACUCGAUCGCUCCUGGGACUCGGCCUUGGAUAUUGAUCAGCUGCACGCGCUUAAAAGCCGCGUGGAUCAAGAGGCGCAGGAGAAGAAGAACAUGGAGAUUGAAGAUAGGCGCAGUCGGCGUUCGACCAAGAGAGUCAAGCGGGAGACUGUCAUCGCUGGGCAGACCCGCUCUGGAGGUGCUGAUGGCAACGGCCAGCCCAGGACACAGGUGUUUGAGGGCAUGACGUUCUUGGUGCUGAGUGAGGCUCUCAAGCCCAUCCGCAAGACGAGAGAUGAGCUUGUGGCUCUGGUCAAGGAAAAUGGCGGACAGGCUGUCCUGGAAGAGAAGCAGAACGUGGACUCACUGAUCGUCGUUGCCGAUAAGAAGGUCGUCAAGGCGGCCGCUAUCAUCAAGAGAGGGGAGAGAGACGUCAUCAAGCCUAAAUGGAUCAUCGACAGCAUCAACCAAGGCUACCCGUUGCCUUUCGAGAAAGGUCAUCUAUUCUGGGCCACAGAUGCGAUGGCAAAGAUUGCGGAGAACAACACCGACCAGUAUGGCGACAGUUAUGCACGAGAUGCUGAAGUAGAGGAGCUCCGAGAGAUUCUCGCGAACAUGCCAAAGCUGGAUUUGGGCGAAGGCAAUUUCGACAAGGAGACUUUCCUCACGGAGCUUGAGGAACACGGCCACGAGUUGCCGAACUUGAAAGGCUGGACCUUCCGCAGAUGCCGGAUCUUCUUCGCCGUCAGCGAGGACGUCUGGGACGUCACGGUGAUGAUGCUCCGGAAUUAUGUCCAGUUCGGCAGUGCCACUGUCGCGGAGACGCUGGACGACGAGUCCAUCACGCAUGUUGUCGUUGUUGCUCGUGACGAGACUGCCAAGCGGGAACUUGCUGCUGACGUGCGGUAUCAGAUCAGCUCGAGGAAGUCGGUGCCUCGCGUCGUCACGGACAAGUGGGUGAUGGAUUGCUGGGAGGCGAGCACCCUUGUGGAUGAGGAGCAGUAUGCUCCGCUGUAG